AUGGCUGCGGAGCGAUCGAGCACCUCCGCUAGCGACGCGGCGGGCAACAGAGGUCCAGCUGCAAAUGUCCCAAGGGUGCCCGCCAGCCCCCAGCAGCACGCGCUGCCCCCGCCGUCGUCGCCGUCGUCGGUCGUCCGCCGCAAGAUGGCCUCGCAUGCCUCGUCUGCCGCGAAGAAGGAGCCUGUGCCACCACGGCGCCCUGCCGCAGCGAGCAGCAGCACCGCCAGCACCGCCAGCACCACCACCACCACCACCACCACCACGGCCUCGGCGAGUGCCCGCCGCCCAGCCACAACAACAACAACAGCAGCAGCAGCAACCACGCGCCCGCCGUCCAGCGCGUCCAAGGCCCUCGCCGGCUCGACGUCGCGCCUCGCGCCCACGGGCUCCAGCCUGAACAAGCCGCCGACACGGGCAGCCGCCAGCACAACAGCCCGGCGCACGCCUCUGAGCUCCCAGCCCGCCGCGCCGCCCGACGCAGAGCCAGCGCUGUCCUCGCUGGCCUCGCUGGCCUCGCUGACUCCGCCGGACGAGAAGCGCAGGCCCGCGGUGCGCAGGACCCUGGGAGGGCCCCCGUCAGACCGCCGCUCGACAAUCGCUCCUGCCACCGCCGCCGCUGCAAAGCGCCCCUCGACGACCUCACGGCCCAGUGCAGACAAGACGGCCACGCGCGCCACACCACGUGCCUCUCUUGCAUCGGCUUCGGCUUCGGCUUCGUCAACGUCGACAGCAAAGCCGGCCACCGUGGCACGCCCUACCACCGCUGCACGCACCCCUCACCACACCAUCCCCAAGGCGCCCGUCUCGAUCAUCACCCCCAAGACGCCCGUCGCACACGCAAAGAAGCUCUCCAUCACCUCAGCCCCCUCGCCCUCCAAGCCAGCCGUCGCAAACGCCCUCACGUACAGCCCCAUCGACGUUCCCCCGAGGAGCUAUGGCCCACUCAAGGACAAAGCUGCCUCCGAUGCCGAAGUCGAAGUCAACAAGACCAUCCCCUUUGGCCCCCUCAAGCCCGGCCUGCUCAAGCUCGCCGACGACGACAGACGGCCCGGCACCGCGCCCAGUGGGCCUGCAGAGGUCGACGAGGAGAGCAAGCGACGCAGCCUAGCCGUCAUGCAGGAUUUUUUCAAAGAGACCAGUCUACGCGAGAAGCUCCAGGAACAGUGCGACGACCUCAACCGCGAAGUCGACCGCCUGCACACCACAAACACAAGGCUGAAGAAGCAGCUCGUCGAUGCCCAGACCGCCGUCGCCCAAAAGGACACGGCUGUCGCUGCCGUUGGCCCCGCUGGAGACGCACCCGGCUGGGACGAGAACAAGCACAACACAAUCGUCAAUGGCAUGGAGAAGAAGUUUGCCCUCGAGACCAAGCUGCUGGAAGAGCAGAAACAGAAGCUGAGGGAGGAGAAGAGGAUCGCCCAGGAAAAGGAAGCCGUCGAGGCUGCCAAAGCUGCCGAGCUCCAGCAGGUCCUCGACGAUCUCAACGUCGAGCUCGAACGCCAAGGCCGCGAAUGGGAUGCCGAGAAGCUGCAGCUCGUGGAGCAGGGCGCUAAGAUCGAGGCGCUCACCAACGAGGUCACGAGCCUGAGAGAGGAACGCGACACGCUUUCAGCCAAUCUGGCCACCGCCAACAGUACCCUUGCAAGCCUGCAGACGAAACUGUCCGAGCUGCAAAAGACCCAGUCUGACCAACUACGCGCCCGAGACGGAAAGAUCGAUACCCUGACCAAGACGGUGGAGACGCUGCGAUCAGAGGUCACGGCGGCCGAACAACGCCACAACGAUGCGUCAGAAGAAGCCAAGCGGUCCCUCGAGUCCAAGUCUUCGGAAUCAUCGGCCGUCGUGGACGAGCUACAGGCCAAGCUCGCCUCGUUACAGCAACAACACACAGACGAGCUUCGUCUGAAGGACGAGGCAAUUGCGUCCCACAUGCAGACCGAGAAGGAGCUGCAAGAUGACCUCGCAAAGCUCCAGCAGCGCGCCGACCAGACCACUGCGGACCUGGAGAGCGAACGCACUGCACAUGUCGAGCAUGUGCAGGCUAAGAUUGCUGAGAUACAACAGAGCAGCCAGAACGAAUUGAGCGCCAAAGAGGCGGACAUCUCCGGCCAUCUCAAGUCCAUCCAGGACCUGCAGAACCAGAUCACAUCGCUGCAACAGGGAGAAUCGGAUGGCGCCAGAAUCUCACAAGAGCUGAACAAGCAGAUCGAAGAGCUCAAAGCAGCACACGACAAGGCGAUUCAGCUCAAGACGGAACAGAACGAGGAGCUCGUUCAGCAGUUAGAAGCCAUCAACGAUCAACUCAGCUCAGAUGCUAGCGAGAUCGAGCAGCUAAAAGAAGAAGCGGAUGGCCUUCGUAAGACCGUCGAAUCACUCGAACAAACCUCCCGGCAAGACAGCACCCAACACGCCACUGCCCUCGCCAACUUGCUAACCGAGCUGGGUGAUGUCAAGAAGAAAGCAGAAUCGUACAAGGCUGACCUGGACACCGCUAAAGACCGGCACAGACAGGAUCUUCGCGUCCUCGGCGAGGAUCACGAAGGUGAAAUCGACUCCCUGCGUGCCGAUCUCGAGGGUGACGCGAAAAAGCGUCUCGACAAGCUCCAAGCCGAGUACGAUGCUCUCGUCGCCGAGAAGAACGCUGUGUUGGAAGGCCACGAGAAGACUCUAGCGGAACGAACCAAGGAGUUGGACGAAGCGAAGACGGAGCUCACUACGGCAAAGGAACGCUCCGGUUCGACCUCGCAAGGUCUCGACGAGGCGAUCGCGAAGCACAAGCAAGUGCAGGACGAGAAGGCUGCUCUUACCGAAGCCCACUUCACUGCACAGAAGCAGAUCGCCGGGCUGCAGGCACGCGUCGAAGCUCUGACGGAAGAGAACGCGCUGAUUGAAGACCUCCAGGCGCGAAUAGACGCUUCGACAGAAGACCAGCAGGCUGCGAAUGAGGCGCUUGCCGUGUCGGAAAAGUCGUUUAUUGAUCUCCAGGCUAAGCUCGACAGUCUCAUCCAGGAAAAGCAAGGCGCUGAAGAUGAACGCGCCAAGAUCGAGGCUGAACUCAAGGCCUCCGUCCAAGAUAAGCAAGCCCUCGAAGAACAGCGCACAGACCUGGAAAAGUCCGUCGCCGACCUUCAAGCUCGCCACGAUUCGCUCGCACAAGACAAAACCGCGAUGGAGGAGUCGCACGCUCGGACCAUCGAUGCUUUGAAGCAAGACUCUGAGAGCGCGAUGAAGCGAGGUCUCAGCGAGUUACAGUCAAAGUAUGACGCUCUCCUCGACGAGAGGAACAGCCUCGAAAGCGCCCACACGACAGAGCUUGGGGAUCUUCAGACAAAACUCGACGCUCUCUCCAAACAGCUCGUGGAUGCUGAGAAGAAGAACGAAGACAGCCUUGCAGAGCAUGCAGCAGCGGAAGACGCUUAUGCCAAGGCGCUCGACAAGGCUCUCGAGACGCAACGCGCUGAAAUUGAGCAGAAACAUGUCGCAUUGAUCGAAGAAAUCCAAUCUGAGGCCAACAGGCUUCAGCAGGAGAGGUCUGCAGCUCUUACAGCGAAGCAGUCUGUCCUCGACGAGCUGGACGCUCUCAAGAGUGAGCUACACGGACAGAUUGACAACCUCAAGCGUGAGCUUGCAGAGAAGGAAGAGAUUGAUUCGGCCGGUCUGUCCGAGGUUAGCAGAAAAUACGAGACGUUGCUAGCCGAGCAAGCUACAGCCGACAAGGAAGCCCAUGAAGCCACUCUUGAAGAGCUGCGAGAUUCCUUGAGGAACGAGCAUGAGCGCGCCAUGGAGGAGAUCUACACUGAGCUCGAAACCCUGAAGGACGAGUUGGCAUCGAAAGAGAAGGCCGACUCGGCUGGCUUAGCCGAAGUGGCAGAGAAAUACGAGUCCCUCCUGGCCGAGCAAUCUGCCGCCGACAAGAGGGACCACGAGGCGACGAUGGCCCUGUUCAGAGACUCUGCGGACACUGAUCUCAACGAAGCCAAGGAGCGAUACGAGGCUCUUCUUGUGGAGAAGGACUCAUUGAAGGACGAGUACGAGCGCGCAAAAGAGGAGGCUUAUGCGGAGGUGGACCAACUCAAACGAGAGCUGACAACCAAGGCGCAGUCUGCAGCUGAUGGCCUUGCCGAGGCGACUCAUAAGUACGAAGCUCUUCUCGCGGAAAAGACUGCUGCCGAAGAAGCGCACGAGGCCACGCUCACCAGCUUGAAGCAGUCGCUCGAGAACGAACGUGAACACGCCGUUGCGGAGCUUCGAUCCGAGAACAGCGUGUUGCAGGAGAAGUUUGCAAAUAUAGAUGCAGAGCAUCAGGAGACCCUUUCCUGUUUACAAGAAGAACUCGAAGCUCGUCAUGCGCUCAAUUCUGAGAGCUUGCGACGACAGCUUGAGGACGCUCAGAAGCAGCACGCCGAUGCUACUGGGCAGAUGAUCAAGGCACACGAGGAUGCUAUAGCAGAGAUGAUGGCUGGUGUGCAGAACAGCGCGGCAGAUACCGUCCAGCAAUUGCAGAAGAAGCACGAUGCUCUAGAGGCACAGAUAGAAGCCGCAAAAGCCAGUCACGCCGCUGAUAUCGCGGCCAUUCAGCAGGAGAGCAAUGAGCAACAGACUUUGUACAAGACUCUGCAGUCACAACACGACAAGGCAGUUGCGGAACUCGAGGCUUCUUCUGAGGAUGUUAAGCGACUCCAGGACACGAUUGAAGCGAUCGAGGCUGAACGAGACCGAGCCCACAAGGCUGUGGUGGAAGCGGAAGAUCGCAUCGAGACCUUCAAGGGUGAAGUCGUUAGGAAGCACCUCGCCCGCGUCGAGCCUCUGAAGAAAGAAAACACGGCUCUCCUCGACAAAAUCGACCGCCUGCAGGACAUGCUCGCAGCCGGUGAUAGAAUUGCCCGCGCCGCCGCCAGCAUGGGCGAGAAGCGCAACAUGACGACCCUGGAAGAAGAGUCCGGGGAGGAGCAGAACAGUUCAGCAUCGGCUGUUUCUGGCGCUUCAGCCCCUCGUGAACAGCGUGCAGGCCCUCUCUUGAAUGGCGCUGCCAAAGACGUUGUCGGUACCCAGUUGGCCGCCAUGCAAGAGACUCUUUCGCAGCUCAGUGCGCUGAACAACGAUGCCAUUACCGAGAGCAAAAGGACAGCCCGGAAGCUCAUAAAGCGUGACUAG